AUGGAAAAUGAUGCGGAUGGAAUUAUUUUGGCAUUUAUAAAUCUUCUCACAUCGGAAUUACAAAUUGAAGAAAUUUUUUCUUUUGAUGAAGUCCUUUGUUUGUUGCCUAUUCUUAUUAAAAUGAUCCAAACUGGUGAAUUAACCUUCAAAAGUGAUUUUGACUUUAAAUUUAAAGAUGCCGUUGAAUUUAUUAAAAAAGAAUUGGGAAGCAAGUCUGUGGAACUUUUGAAGCCUGAAAAUGCGGAUAAUGGAGAUAAACAAGAAAUUGCUAAUAUAAUAUUUGCCCUUUUAUUUAUUUUAUAUAAAAAUCAGAGGGCUAAAUUUGAUCAAAUAUGUGAAAAAUUGGAUGGAAAAAAUUCUGCUGGGAUUAGAAAUUUGUUAAAACAUUUGGAUAAUUUUGAUUGUAUUUCACCACUACCUUUUGCCUCAAUUCUAAACAAUUCUUCCUCAAAUAAUUUAUUUUCUUUAAAUAAUUCAAAUUUUCAAAUAUUUUCAUCACAAAAUCAAAAAGAAAAUUUGGAAGAAAUAUCAACAUAUAAAAUUAAAUCGGCAGAGUUGGAAACAAAAUAUAAACAAAUUGAAGUAAUUAAUUCAAAAUUAAAUGAACAACUUGGAAAUGCUCAAAAUGAAUUUGCUGAUUUGGAGAAUAAAUUUGAGAGGUUGAGACAGGCUGAUAAUGAAAAGGUUUGUGUGACAGGGAAGAGUGGGGUGGGGGAAUUGGGUCGGGUUUUUCAAGGAUCUAUUGAACUUUUAAAUAUUCAAUUAAGAGAAAUUACAGACGAAUUGGAGACUUCACGUUAUACAAAUUCUGAAUUACAAAAAGAAUUAAAGUCUUUAAAGGAAACUCAUUCCCGUGCCCUUCAAAAAUCAGCACAAGAUUUAAAAUCGAAGGAAGAAGAAGUUGGAUUACUUUAUAUUAGGCUAGUUAGUUCAUUCCUUCCUGUCUUCAAUCCCCACUGGGCUUCCUAUUUCAUUGUUCACACUGAUCUCACCCUUAUACUAGUUUUCAAUUUUGUCCGCAACUUUUUUGCGGACAUUUCAUAUUGUCCGCAACUUUUUUGCGGUCAUUUUUCUUUAGUCCGCAAGAAUAAAAUAUUUCAAUUUCUAUUAAAAUUUCUUAUCUUUUACAGAUUAGAUGCUUUAGUUAAACAAAUAACAGAAAAGGACUCCUCUGAAAAUAAAUUGAAAUUUAUGGAACAACAAAUAGCUAAUCAACAGGGGACAAUUGAGGAAUUAAUGAGUGGUCUUGAACAAGCUUUGGAUAGAGCUAAUUUUGCAGAAAAAGAAUUAAUUAAAUAUAAAGGACUACACAACAAUUCUAUUAACCUUCAAAAUAACACAACUUUUCAAAAUGAUUCAGAUAAUUCUAUUUCUCUUCAUGAUGAUUUGAAUUCUUGUAAAAUUACAGAAAAUCAUAGGUUUUUUAUUAAAAAAAUUUUUUUUGUUAAAAAAUAA